CUGCAGCUCUGGGCCUCUGAGGGGCUGCCUUUCCCCGCUGGGAACGCCGAAAGCGGUCCCGGGCAGCGGUGCAGGGUCUGUGCCCUGUGUCUGCGGUUCAGGAUUGCUAAGUAUAGAGGAACAGUCUUGAAAAUGUUGUCCAGGCUAUUUCGAAUGCAUGGCCUUUUUGUAGCCUCUCAUCCAUGGGAAGUCAUUGUGGGAACAGUGACUCUUACCAUCUGUAUGAUGUCUAUGAAGAUGUUCACUGGGAACGAUAAGAUCUGUGGCUGGAAUUAUGAGUGCCCCAAACUUGAAGAAGAUGUUCUGAGCAGUGACAUCAUCAUCCUGACAAUCACACGCUGUAUAGCAAUCCUUUAUAUCUAUUUCCAGUUUCAGAACCUAAGGCAGCUUGGAUCAAAAUACAUUUUAGGUAUCGCUGGCCUCUUUACAAUCUUCUCAAGUUUUGUUUUUAGUACAGUGGUAAUUCACUUCUUGGAUAAAGAAUUGACAGGUUUAAAUGAAGCUUUACCAUUCUUCCUGCUCCUGAUUGAUUUGUCAAGAGCAAGUGCAUUAGCCAAAUUUGCUCUCAGUUCCAACUCACAGGAUGAAGUAAGAGAAAAUAUUUCACGGGGGAUGGCAAUUUUAGGCCCUACAUUUACACUGGAUGCACUUGUGGAGUGUCUUGUAAUCGGUGUUGGUACCAUGUCAGGUGUGCGGCAGCUUGAAAUUAUGUGCUGCUUUGGCUGUAUGUCUGUUCUUGCCAACUACUUUGUCUUCAUGACCUUCUUUCCAGCUUGUGUGUCCUUGGUAUUGGAGCUUUCGAGAGAGAGUCGUGAAGGGCGCCCUAUAUGGCAGCUCAGCCAUUUUGCUCGUGUUCUGGAAGAAGAAGAGAAUAAACCAAAUCCUGUAACACAGAGGGUCAAAAUGAUUAUGUCGCUGGGUUUGGUUCUUGUUCAUGCCCACAGUCGCUGGAUAGCGGAACCAGCUGCUCAAAACAGUACUGUAGAAAAUUCAGUGGGAUUGGAUGAGAAUGCACCAAAGAGAAUUGAACCUAAUGUUUCCCUGUGGCAGUUCUACCUUUCUCGAAUGGCCAGUAUGGAUAUUGAGCAAGUAAUCACUCUUGGAUUAGCCCUUCUCCUUGCCGUCAAAUACAUUUUCUUUGAGCAAGCAGAGACUGAAUCUACCCUCUCACUGAAGAAUCCCAUAACAUCUCCUGUGAUGGUCCAGAAAAAGGUCCCUGAGAAUUGUUGCAGGAAGCAAUCUAUACUUCUGAAAAACAAUCAGAAAUCUAACACAGUGGAAGAAGCUUUCAUUCCCAAAGAUGCAAAUGCUGAAGUCAUAAAACCUGUAUUAGAGUCAUCAUCCAAGGCUACAUUUGUAGUUGGCAGUUGCAGCCCUGUGGAAACUUCUUCACUUGCUAAUGAAAAAGAGGAAGAAAUUGAGUUACCUAAAGAGCCACGUUCUAUUGAGGAAUGUGUUCGUAUACUUGGAAAUGCACAGGAAGGAGCAAAAUUUCUAACCGAUGCUGAGGUUAUCAGCUUAGUUAAUGCUAAGCAUAUUCCUGCAUACAAACUGGAAACUCUGAUGGAAACUCAGGAGCGAGGUGUGUCCAUUCGCAGACAGAUGUUAUCCAAGAAACUCCCUGAACCUUCGUCUUUGCAAUAUCUUCCUUAUAGGAAUUAUAAUUAUUCUUUGGUUAUGGGAGCUUGCUGUGAAAACGUGAUUGGAUAUAUGCCUAUUCCUGUAGGUGUAGCAGGACCACUGUUUUUGGAUAACAAAGAGUUUCAGGUGCCAAUGGCAACAACAGAAGGAUGUCUUGUAGCAAGCACAAACAGAGGAUGUAGAGCAAUAUGUCUUGGUGGAGGAGCAAGUAGCCGCAUUCUUGCAGAUGGGAUGACUCGAGGACCUGUUGUAAGGCUGCCCACUGCCUGCGAGGCUGCAGAGGUGAAGGUUUGGCUUGAGAGUCCUGAAGGCUUUAAAAUAAUGAAGGAAGCUUUUGACAGCACAAGUAGGUUUGCCCGCCUGCAAAAACUUCUCAUCAGUUUGGCUGGUCGUAACCUUUAUAUCCGCUUUCAGUCUGGAACAGGGGAUGCAAUGGGAAUGAAUAUGAUUUCAAAAGGUACUGAAAAAGCACUGGCAAGGCUGAAUGAAGAAUUUCCUGACCUUCAGGUUAUAGCUAUUAGUGGUAACUAUUGUACAGACAAAAAACCGGCUGCUAUAAACUGGAUAGAAGGAAGAGGGAAGUCUGUUGUCUGUGAAGCAGUCAUUCCAGCCAAGGUUGUUAGAGAAGUAUUGAAAACAACUACAGAAGCUCUAGUUGAAGUCAAUAUAAACAAAAAUCUGGUGGGGUCUGCGAUGGCUGGAAGCAUAGGUGGCUACAAUGCACAUGCAGCAAACAUUGUGACAGCCAUCUACAUUGCCUGUGGUCAGGAUGCUGCACAGAAUGUGGGCAGCUCUAACUGCAUCACUCUGAUGGAGCGCACUGGUUCCACCAACGAAGACCUGUACAUCAGCUGCACGAUGCCUUCCAUAGAAAUAGGGACUGUUGGCGGAGGCACCAACUUGCUCCCACAGCAGGCCUGUUUGCAGAUGUUAGGGGUUCAAGGUGCCAGCCAAGAUAACCCUGGUGAAAAUGCCCGUCAGCUUGCUAAAAUUGUCUGUGCUACAGUGAUGGCAGGGGAAUUAUCACUAAUGGCAGCUCUGGCAGCUGGGCAUCUAGUCAAAAGCCACAUGAUCCACAACAGGUCAAAAAUAAAUCUACAGGAUCUUAAAGGAACCUGCACUAAGAAGGCUGCUUGAAUACUUUAAAAUGGCUUUGAAAUGAAGAAUUUUUCUAGUAACUGACAAGGAGCACAGGGGAAAAAAAAAAAACAAACCAAAAUCUGUGAAGUUUAGAAUGAAGAUUGCCUUCAACUCAAUAAUGUCUGUGUAAGAUAAACUAAGAGAUCAUCAGACUUACGUGAGACUGUUUACACCUUUGACCUUCUUCAGUGGCUAGUGAUGACUUCAUGAGUGAAAUUCUGUCACAUGUCUUGAACAUGGCUUUGGAAUUCUCAAUCUUACACAUCAUUUUUUAAAGGGUCAGUCUUAGGUUUUUACAGGUUGAGAUUAUUUUGCUUACCAAGGUCCUGGUACUUAUUAAGCUGCAAAGUGAUGUUAUGUACUUUGGGUGUUUAAAACAACAAAACAAAAAAAGUUGGUGUAAACUUGGCUUUAAUGCACAGGCCCUUGCCAUUUUAUUUUCUGGUUAGACAAGCAUGUUUUUUUAAGUGAUGGCAAACCUCAUCACUUUUUAUGAACUCCUAGUUUUAGUUUUGUUCACAUGUAAACCAGGUUUUAGGCUAUCAGUUUAAUUGAAUGAUACUAGUUUUAUAGAAAUCUGUCUAUAUAUAUAGUACUUAAUUUGCUGCUGCUUCAGCUAAGCAGUGUUCAAUAUUUUAACUCCACAAUUUAGGUUAUUCCUUUCUGUAAAACUUGUGAUCUGUAAAGUUCUGAACUGUUAAAUAUAAUUUGUACUGAAGUAGGAAAAAACAGUGUCUUAACUGUUUUGUUGCUUUGUUCAGGUAGAAAAAUGAAACUGGUAACUCAAAAACCUGUCAGACAAGACAGGCACUUAAUUAAAUGCUGUUUCUCAAACUUUGUUUGAUAGGAGUGCAUUCAAACGCGUCAAAACCAGAUGUUUACACUUAGUUUAGAAGUCUCUUUAGGAAUAUACAAACACAUUGUGUACCUGAUGUUGGGGAUUUUUUUUAUACAGUGUCACCUAUUUUCCAGGAAUAGGUGUGUAUCCACUGUUUAAGCUGAAGUAAAAUGAAGCCAGAAAAGCACACUGUUCUUAAAAAAAAAAAGUAGUUUUUUUUUUUUAAUUAUUAUGUUUCAAUUCCCUUUUAAACUUUAUUUUUAAGGGGGGAGUAUUUAUUUUAAGAGGAAACCUUACCCUUUUUUCAAUGAAAAUUACUAAUUAAGGAAAUUCAGUGAAAUGACAUGUUAAUGUAACAAGCAGGUUUUUUAAUAAAAUACUGUACUUGGACCAGUGAAGCAGUCUCAGGUGUUCUUACUGUAAUAAAGAAAAUCCAGGUUUAUUCUGGUUUGAUUCAUCUUUGGGAAUAUUCCUAAAUGCAUUGCCCUGCCUAGUUAAUCACAGAAGGAAAAUUAUUGAUAUGCUUGAUUAUUUUUUUUUUUAAUUUUUUUGUUUGUUUGUUUGGGCUUUUUUUUUUUAAGUUUUUGUGGAGUGAAUCAGUAGACUGGACUGGGUUUCCUGCAGCAUCAUUCCUAAAGGGGUGACUAGCAGAGGUGCUCUUCUAAUGUGCAAAUUUGAUGUAAAUCAUGGGUUGCUUUGUCAAAUCAACACAUUAAUAUCCAUUGUAAUGAGCUCAUAUAGCUGAUGUGCAGGCAUGAAGCCAUACUACAUGCUAGAUAUGUUAUGAUGGCAUGUAAAUAUUAAAUACCAUGAAUGUUUAUCUUCCUGCAUUUUGUUGCUAAUAGCUACUAUUUUUAUUUAAGGAAAGCUGGAAAUAUUUUGGUUUUUUGUUCAUUCAGUGAUCUUAUUUAAAGUAACACUGUUCUGGCAAUAAAUGGUGGUUCAGUGUUCAUUUUGGUGGAUUUAACUGACGUUCUGUCUUGCAGAAUUAACUUUUUGUAUUAUUACUAAAUUGUGUACAUUUUGGUACAGAACUACUUUUUCAGUGUCAGUAAAACCAUGGAAAA